GAGCCGGCAGCAGCCAUGGCGGAAAGCUUCGGUUUCUUCGCCGGGGGAGCGAUACCUGCCGUCCGUCUUUCGAUUUUUCUCGCUCUGGCCGGCACCACUCGCGCCAUAGACCUCUCCCAAUGCAUCGCGCCGCUCGGCAUGGAAUCCGGCGCGAUCCCGGACGCGGAUAUCACGGCCAGCUCUACCUUCGACACAGGAAACGUCGGCCCGCACCUAGCACGAUUAAAAGUCGAGAAUCUCGGCGGCGCAUGGUGUCCCAAGAAUCAGAUCACCCAGGAGGCCCGAGAAUGGUUGGAGAUCGACCUUCAUACGGUUCAUUUGAUCACGGGUACCGCUACUCAAGGCCGCUUUGGGAACGGGUUGGGUGUUGAGUAUGCAGAGGCGUAUCUGCUCGAGUAUUGGCGACCACGGCUGGGCAAGUGGGUUCGAUAUAGAGAUGUCAAAGAGAAAGAGGUAAUACAGGGUAACACGAACACGUAUUUGGAGUCCAAGCACGAGCUGGAGCCGCCUCUGUGGGCGAGCAAGAUCCGUUUUCUGCCCUACAGCCAUCACACGCGGACGGUUUGCAUGCGGGUCGAGCUCUACGGAUGUUACUGGAGCGAUGGCGUGGUGUCCUAUUCGAUGCCGCAGGGCGAUAAAAGGGGUAAUGAAUGGGAAUUCUUUGACGCCAUCUACGACGGCCACUGGGACGACGAGCUACGCCGUGGGCUCGGUCAGCUGACUGACGGCAAAACAGGGCCUGAUAACUUCAAACUGGGAUAUUAUGAUAACGAUCGGACGCAGGGAUGGGUCGGCUGGCGGAACGACACCCGUGGACAGCCGGUCGAGAUCAAGUUCGAGUUCGACAAGGUCAGAGAAUUCUCGGCCAUCCAUAUCUACUGCAACAACCAGUUCACCAAAGAUGUCCAGAUAUUCUCGCAAGUCGACAUACUGUUCAGCAUCGGCGGGAAAUAUUACACGGGCGAGCCGAUCACGUACACAUAUAUGGAGGACAAGAUAUUCGAGUCAUCCCGGAACAUUACCAUCAAGCUUCAUCAUCGCGUCGGUAAAUACCUCAAGCUCAGGCUACACUUCUCGGACAGGUGGAUAAUGAUCAGCGAGGUGACCUUCGACUCCGACGUGGCUCACGGUAACUUCACGCCAGAGGAAGCACCAACAACUGAGUCACCGAUUCAGAGCGACGUUUUCGUGGAGAAAAAUGGCAGCGCGGAAGGCGAGCUUCCGGUCUCGACGGCGAAACACGACGACCCGACAUACAUGGCGGUCGUGAUCGGUGUGCUAACCGCGGUGAUCCUUCUGCUGGCCGUGGCAAUAUUUCUGAUUGUCUCGAGACACAGACAACGGAAGUGCUUCGCCAGCCCUAUGACCGGGAAAGCGCCGUCUCAUCUUGGAUCCACUUGCGCCACCGUCGAGAAAGGAGCCGCUUUGAUGGCGUACACUUUGGAGGAUGACGAAAGAUACGCCGGCGGUUCUUUACCCACGUUGCCGCGGGAUCUGGGCAACCGUCUCCUGGACAUCGUGAAGCUCGACGACUACCAAGAACCGUACCAAGCAUUAAAGUACGCCCCGUACUAUAGCUACAGCACCGUCGUUAUGGAGAUGAAAGACAUGAUGCUGAACAACAAGGGCACUAACAUCAAUCACUCAGCGGUGUACGCGAACGGUGCAGUUGACACAUCGUACGAUUAUGCGGUACCGGAACUCGGCACGGUGCCCCUGCUCAACCAGGACGGAACGGGACGUGGCUUGGCCGUAUCCAGCGCCGCGAGCGACCAGGACAGCAUCUUCUCCAAGACAUCGUCACGUGGCAAUAAAACGGAGGACAAGAAGUCGCCGACUCAACAGGAGGUGCUCUCCGCCCUGAAGAGACGUCUGGAGCAGACGAGCGUCCCACUCUUCCCACGGCAUCGCCUCCGCAUGCUCUCGAAACUCGCCGAAGGGGCCUUCGGAACGGUGUACGUGGCGGAGGCUGAAGGCAUCCCGGAGUAUGGAACGACGACCAGCGUCGGGAAGCGUCUCGUCGCCGUCAAAUUUUUACUGCCGGAAGCCAGCGAGAAGGAAAAAUUGGACUUUCAACGUGACGUCAGAAUUUUGGCUGCCCUGGAGGAUCGAAAUAUAGCUAGAGUCUUGGGCGCCUGCUGCCGCGAAGAGCCAUACUGCGUGGUGAUGGAGUACCUGGAGCACGGAGAUCUCUGCCAAUUCCUUAAAACGCAUAUCACUGCCGAAGAUGCCCAUUCUAUGCCGAUCGGCGUCAAAACUCUUAGUUUCAACUGUCUCAUCUACAUGGCGGCUCAGAUCGCGUCGGGCAUGCGGUACCUGGAGAAUCUGAACUUCGUGCACCGGGAUCUGGCUACUAGGAAUUGCUUGGUGGGCAAAGCUUAUCACAUUAAAAUCUCGGAUUUCGGCACGGACAACGAAUUGUACGCGUGCGAUUAUUACAAAGUCGAUGGUGCGGUGCCGCUGCCGAUACGCUGGAUGGCCUGGGAGUCCAUAUUUCUGGGCAAGUACACGACGAAGAGUGACGUAUGGGCGUUCGCGGUGACACUCUGGGAGAUACUGAACCUCGGCCGACGUGUCCCAUACGAGCACUUGUCUGACGAGGAAGUGGUACAGAGCCUACGGCGGUUGCACCGUACUUUGGAGGAGUGCGCCGAAAACAGUGGCGAAAACAACGACUGCAAAGUGAACAACACCGAUAACCUUUACGACUAUUUACCGCGACCGACCGCGUGCUCGAAGGAUAUUUACGAUCUGAUGCUCGAGUGCUGGCGCAGGGAGGAGAACGAACGGCCGACCUUCCGGGAGAUCUCGAUGUUCCUGCAGCGAAAAAAUCUCGGUUACGCGCCCACGUCCUGA